AUGAACAACCAGAAGACCGGGGCUCCCGACAUUGUUGAACCAUUGCUAUCCUCAGCAUCCGAAACACGACCUUCCAUUCAGCCUAGAACCAUGAAUGCCGCAAACAAACAAUCUGUGACAAAAGUCAAACAACCAGCAGCAAAACCGAUCAGUCUACACAACAAUGGUGUGCCCUCCGACCACCUUGAAUUUGGCGGUUCCCUCGGAAAUUCCGUCCUCAUGGUCGGAUUUCCGUUGUUGAUGUGGUACAUGUUUGUUGGUGUCGACUACUACAACGGGCAAUUCCCACUGCCCUCGACGGGCCAGCCCUGGCUUGAGUUUAUUCAGCAUCUGUUUGAUCUGGCGUACGAGGGGGCAUUUCCAACCCGCAGAGCUUGGGCGAUAUACUGGUCGUUCUUUGCCAUGGAAUUUGCUUUUUACUAUACGCUGCCAGGUGUUAGCGGAUAUGGCAAACAGCUGAGACAUGAGGGCGGGAGACAGCUGAAGUACUUCUGCAAUGCUUAUACCAGUUUCUACACUACGAUUUUCGUUGCAGCUAUCCUUCACGUUAUCGGCCUUUUCCCCCUCUACACCCUGCUUGACGAGUUCGGCCCUAUCAUGUCGGUGGCUAUUCUAUCGGGAUUCAUCAACAGCAUCUUAGUGUAUUUGUCGGCCAUGGUUCGGAGAAAGACCCAUCGGCUCAGUGGGUACCCCAUCCACGACUUCUUCAUGGGUGCUGAGUUGAAUCCACGUGUUGGAAUCUUGGAUCUGAAAAUGUUUUACGAAGUGCGGAUACCCUGGUUCAUUCUGUUUCUUAUCAGCUCAGCCGUCGCUGUUCGACAAUACGAAUCAUACGGCUACGUCUCCAAAGAAGUCAUGUUCAUUCUAAUGGCACAUUUCCUAUACGCCAACGGAUGUGCAAAGGGAGAACAUUUGAUCAUCACUAGUUGGGACAUGUACUUCGAGAAGUUGGGCUUCAUGCUCACGUUCUGGAACAUGGCAGGUGUGCCAUUUUCAUAUUGCCAUUGCGCAUUGUAUCUGGCAAAUCACGACCCAGAGGAGUAUCGAUGGAGUUAUCUACCAUUGGCAGCACUAGCUAUUGGAUAUCUGUUUUUCUAUUGGGUGUGGGAUACCUCCAACGGCCAGAAGAACGGGUUUCGACAGAUGGAGCGAGGCCAGCUUCUCGAGCGCAACACUUUCCCUCGGCUACCAUGGCUCGUUCUGCGGGACCCAAAAACCAUCAGUACUUCUACUGGUGAUCGAUUGCUAGUCGAUGGGUGGUUUGGGAUUGUUCGGAAGCCAGGUUAUGUGUGCGAUAUGUACUUUGCAAUCUCAUGGGCUCUUAUAACUGGUUUUAAGAGUCCUUUGCCGUGGUUCUAUCCUGUCUUUUUCUGUUUGAUGAUACUACACAGGACAAGGCGAGACAUCAGAAAGUGCAGAAAUGUGUACGGUGAGGCGUGGAGGAAGUACGAAGAAGCGGUUCCUUACUUGUUCAUACCCUACGUUAUCUAG